CCGUGACUGAGUGUGAAUGAGCUCCUGGCACACACGGGGAAGCUGCUGGACUAUGCUCAGAUGGAACUUUGGAGAUGGCAAAAGUUGAAUAUUUUAUGUCAGGUGUUGCAUCACUAAAGGAUCAGCAGGAAGGUAUGGAUUUUGCUAGUUUUAUAAUAGUAAAGAUAGAAGAUUCAGAGCAGAUGCAGGUUUCUCCUGUAUAUGGAAGUGACUAUAUAAAGACUGAGAUCUCAGAGGAGAAGUAUCAUGUCUGUACGCACUGCGGAAAGAACGUAAGCCCCCACACUACUUUAUCAAGACCUGAGACUGUGUGUAAGGAGCAGAAACCACAUCUGUGUACUCAAUGUGAAGACAGCGUCACUGAGACUGUGUAUCUGAAGAACAAAGAAUUCCUCACCGGAGGGGCAUCUAGUAGCAACACUGAAAGCUUUGAGCCAAUCCGCUACCAGAGUCUUCUUGCUAAGCGCUCAGACUGCCCCGGAAGUUUUAAUCAGGGUUCAGCAUUGGCUAAGCACUGCAGUACACACAUGAGUGAUGGGCUGUUUAGCUGCACUGUCUGCUCUAAAACCUUUACCCAGAACUCUGACCUGGUGGUGCAUCGCCAAACUCAUUCAGGUCACGUUCCGGAACAAACUGCUAUCCAUCAUCAUAGCUUAACAGUCGUGAAGAUCGAAGAUACAGAACAGACCGAGGUGCCUACUGACUGUAAGACGGGAUCUGCACAGAGAUCGAUAUCCAGGGAAAAGCAAUAUAUUUGUUGCCUCUGUGGGGAAAACUUUAGUUAUUAUGAUGCUUUUUCAAGACACCAAAGUGUUUGUAAGGGACAGAAACCUUAUCAAAGUCCUGAUUGUGAGAAAAGAUUCACAAGUGCUCCUGAUGUGAUGAAACCCGAGAAGAACCACACUGAGGAUAGACUGUAUCCCUGCAUGGGUUGUGAGAAAAACUUCACAGACAAGUCAUCCCUUGUUAGCCACCAGAGGAGUCACACAGAUGACCGGCCAUACAAGUGCUCGGACUGUCCUAAAAGCUUUAAUCAGAGUUCUGCUCUGACGAAGCACCGCAGGACACACACAGGUGAGAGACCUUAUUCAUGCACCAUCUGUGUAAAAAGAUUUAUCCAGAACUCUGACCUGGUUAAACACCUACGUACUCACACAGGCGAGAAGCCCUAUCAGUGUUUGUUGUGUGAGAAGAGAUUUGCAGAAAGCUCUGCCUUGAUUAAACACAAGCGGACGCACAAUGCUAAACAACCUUUUAAAUGCUCCUGGUGCAACCAAAGCUUUAAGCAGAAUUCUGAUCUCCUUAAUCAUGUGAGGACACACACUGACUGGGAAUCAUUGCAGUGUCCUGAUCCAGAUGAAGCGGUGGAAAGGAAAACAGACCUUCUUAGCUCUCAAAAGGACAUGAUACAAGUUGCUGACACCCCUUAUACUUGUGCUGAAUGCAGAAGAACCUUUAAACUUUGGACUUCCUUUAUUAAACACCAGCAAACACACGCCAGGGAAAAGCCCUACCAAUGCUCACAAUGUGACAAAAGCUUUAUUCAGAACUCUGAUUUGGUUAAGCAUGUGAGGACGCACACUGGAGAGAGGCCAUAUCAAUGUGCAGAGUGUGAAAAAGGAUUUAUUCAAAAAUCUGACCUUGCAAAGCACUUAAGGACGCAUACAGGCGAGCGGCCUUUUCAGUGUGUUCACUGCAAAAAAUGUUUCACAGAAAGGUCAGCGUUGGCCAAGCACCAUAGGAUUCAUACUGGUGAAAAGCCAUACACGUGUACAGAGUGUGGGAAAGGUUUUACUCAGAGGUCAAACCUUAUAUUACACCAUAGAAUUCACACUGGUGAAAGGCCCUAUAAAUGUACAAAAUGUGAUCGUGGAUUUAUUCAGAACUCAGAUCUGGUAAAGCAUCAGAAAGUUCACACAAAAUGGCAGGUUAUUGACUCAAAUCUUUUAUGUAAUGGCCCCCCUUAUCAGUGUGUAGAGUGUGAUCGAAGUUUCACCCAAUGGUCUGCUUUUGUAAAACAUGGCAAGCUACACAAAGGAGACAAAAUACUUCAGUGUGUAGAGUGCAACAAAAACUUUGUUCAAAGAUCAGAUCUCUUAAAGCAUCAACGUUCCCAUACUGGAGAAAAGCCUUUUAAGUGUGUGUUAUGUGAGAAGAGUUUUAUACAGAAGUCUGACCUCCACAAGCAUUGGAGGACACACACUGGAGAAAGACCUUAUCAUUGUUAUCAGUGUAACAAAAGUUUUACAGAAAAAUCUGCCUUAAUUAAACAUCAUAGGACACACACGGGCGAGAGACCAUACAAAUGCAGUGUCUGUGAGAAAGGCUUCAUUCAGAACUCUGCUCUGACCAAACACAUGAGGAGCCACACUGGAGAAAAGCCGUAUGCUUGUGAACAUUGUGGGAAGUGUUUUAUUCAGAGCUCCGAUCUGGUAAAACACAAGAGAAUUCAUACUGGGGAAAAACCUUAUCACUGCACAGAAUGUAACAAAAGGUUCACUGAAGGGUCAUCACUAGUGAAACAUCGGAGAACCCACACUGGGGAGAAACCAUAUAGAUGCCAGCAGUGUGGUAAGAACUUCACCCAAAGUUCAGACCUUGUCAAACAUAUUGCGAUUCACACUAUGAAAAACCCACCCACAGCAACUGCCUUCCACAAAAUAGUUAUGUUUAACCCGGAAACACUGAGCCAUUCUACAGUGGAGGGGAGUGGUUCAUUUCAAUGCACAGAAUGUAAUAAAGUCUUUCUUAAGAAGCCAGCUUUUGUAAAGCACCUUAAAACUCAUUCUACAGAGAAACGCUAUCCAUGCAGUGAAUGUAAUAAAAGUUUCUUUCAGACCUCCGACCUAGUAAAACACCUGAGGACGCACACAGGUGAGCGCCCUUAUCAUUGUUUACAGUGCAACAAAGGUUUCAUCCAGAGCUCUGACCUUGUAAAGCAUCAAAGAACUCACACUGGUGAGAGACCGUACACUUGCAAUGAAUGUGACAGAGGUUUUGUGCAGAGAUCAGCCUUGACCAAGCAUAUGAGGAUUCACACUGGAGAAAAGCCUUAUAAAUGCGAGCAGUGUGGGAAAUCUUUCAUUCAGAAUUCGGAUCUGGUGAAGCACCAGAGGAUCCACUCUGGAGAGAAACCUUACCACUGUCCAGAGUGUUACAAGACCUUCACUGAGGGAUCAUCUUUAAUCAAACACAGCAGAAUUCACAGUAAAGUGAGGCCCUACCCAUGUAAUAAAUGUGGAAAAAGUUUUAGCCAAAGCUCCAACCUUCUUAAACAUGUAAAAAGCCAUGUGGAAGAAAAGGUAAAUAUUACUCUUGGAUCAACACUGGACUUUGUCUCAGGUGUUGAAUUUCAUCAGGACAAGCCAAGUUUGACAAAUAUUCCUGUGAGUGUCCCUGGAACGACGGACACUUGUACUGGAGCAAGAAUAUUUAAAUGCCUUGAGUGUGGGAAAAGCUUUGGUCAUAGAUCAGUAUUGAUUAAACAUGUGCGUAUUCACACUGGGGAAAGGCCGUACAAGUGUACCCAAUGUGAAAGAAACUUCAUCCAGAAAUCCGAUCUGGUUAAACAUUACCGUACUCACACUGGGGAGAGACCAUAUAAAUGUGGUGAUUGCAGUAGAAGCUUUGUUGAAAAGUCGGCUCUUUCUAAGCAUGAAAGAAUCCACAGAAGAGAGGAACUUGCUCCUGAAGAACAAAGAAGCUAUGUAGCCAAUUCUCAAGCUCCUCAACUCCAAAUCACCUACUGGCGUGAAUCCGAAGAUGAUCCUAAGAAUCUGAUACCAAAGUUUCAGAUUAUAAAACAAGAAGAUCAUUACCCUGUUGUCAGACAUUUUAGUCCAUAUAGUGGUUUCAAAGGUUUUUAUCCUUCUGUGCUUAAACAUAGGCGAAAGGUCUCCAAGUCCCAAUCACAUAAUUGUCCAUAUUGCAACAAAUGUUUUACGCACCGGUCUGUUUUCUUAACGCACCUCAGGACACACACAGGAGAGCAGCCCUACACAUGCAAUGAGUGUGGGAAGAGCUUUAGUCAAAGUUCUGCUCUUGUAAAGCAUGUGAGGACGCACACUGGUGAGAGACCAUAUCGGUGUCCUAUAUGUGAGAAAGGUUUCAUCCAGAACUCUGACCUUGGCAAACACCUGAGGGUUCACACAGGAGAGAAGCCUCACAAGUGCAUUGUAUGCGAAAAAUGUUUCAAAGACCGCUCAGCAAUGGUCAAGCAUUUUAGAACCCAUACUGGGGAAAGACCAUAUAAAUGUAUAGAGUGUGGACGAGGGUUUGUACAAAAAUCUGACCUGGUGAAGCACUUGCGAAUCCAUACAGGGGAGAAGCCUUACUCUUGUCGUAUAUGCAACCGUAGCUUCAGUACUCACUCUGCUUCCGCUAGACAUGAGCGUAUGUGCCAUCAGGAGACGCCCCAACAAUAUUCAGUCUAUGGUAGUAAUUUGUUUUAUAGCUCAGAAUUUGCUUGGAAAGAAUAUUCUCAGCUUACUGACAGACCUCACAUGUUUCUUGGGGAAAACUUAAGUUUGAUCACAAGAAUGUCAGUGGCCACAUAGCUAAAGAAUGAGUAUAACCACACGGAAUUAGAACCGAUAAUAAUUGACACAUGGGGUAACACUUAAAGGGACAGUACACUAAAAUUGUUUUUCCAUUAAUGUAUUUCCAGUGACUUGUUAUACCAGCUGCAGAGUAUAGAAUUUAUGAGAAAUUGCAUUUUCAGGUUUGUGUAUAUGAAGUUGCUGGUUUUGUGUUUUGAUCUCAUUAUGUUAUCACUUUGUGUACACAGACUUGCUUUCUUAUCUUAUAUUGUCAUUUUAUUACUUAACUAUCCUGCAUCCCUCUGAGAGUAUAACUUCUUCUGCUGGCUGUGUUUACUUGUCAAUAGCAUAUACUCCAGUAUCAAAACUUUCAGUAUAUGUGGCUAUACCACAGACUAAAUCAGCUAUUUCAAAUGCUUAAAAAGGUGUAAAGAAGCUACUUGUAAACAAUUUAAUACACUCUAGCAGGUAAAAUUGAUCAUUGGGAAUAAUUUUAAGGGGAGACAUUUUUUGGAUGAACUGUCCCUUUAACAGUAGCAUUCAUGUUCUUUCAGACGACCCUAACCUCUUUAGUAACUUCCUUUGUUAUCAAAUAUACCAUGUUUGGGGGAUACCCUUUUCUUGUAUAUUUUUCUUUAGUCUACAGAAUUGUUUGUAGUGGUGACACUGAGCCAAGCUCUGAAAUGGGGGGAUGCCCAAAUGAAAGUAAAUGUAUUUAUAUAUAUAUAUAUAUAUAUAUAUAUA